GAAUUGUGUCAUAUUUCCUCAAUCAAACCACCACAUAAGAUGAUACGUGGAGCUAUUCAUCAUCUUCAUACCGCCUAUCGUACUCGCCAACUUCCACUUACUGACGUCUACAAUUUCUUUGCUUCGCGAAUCAUUGCUGACCAGACGGCUUAUAACACAGGCGAAUCAUUGUCCAGUUUCGGUAUAACUCCGACGAAUUCCUUCAUCAGUGUGACACGAAAUCACACCUUGCCAGCUGCCUGUGAUUCCUCCAUCAUUGCUGGUGUUCCAAUGGGAAUCAAAGACAAUUUUUGUACUGAUGCAAAUCAGUGGAAUGUUCCUACCACAUGCGCCUCUCGCGCGUUGGAGAAUUUCCGUCCACCAUAUGAUGCCGCAGUCGUUGCAUCCCUGGUCGAAGCAAAAGCGUUGCUGAUGGGAAAGACCAAUAUGGAUGAGUUCGCGAUGGGGUGUGGUGCUACAGAUGGCCAGGUUUCUGGACCUGUUCUCAACCCCUGGUCGUGCAGACAAACUCGAGAAGAUAAGUCUCCUGUGAUUGCGGGAGGCAGUUCGGGAGGUAGUGCUGCUGCGGUUGCAGCUGGACUGUGCGUGGCUGCCCUAGCGUCUGACACUGGAGGUUCGGCCCGUUUGCCAGCAGCCUAUUGUGGAGUAGUUGGUUUCAAACCCACAUACGGUCUAGUCUCUAGACAUGGUCUAAUACCUUUGGUGAACGCGUUGGAUGUUCCUUCUCUCGUUACCUCCUGUGUUGCUGACGCAGCUUCUAUCCUUUCUGUUUGGCUCUGUCCGUCGAACACACUUGCCCGGAAACUAGACGCUACCUGUCUUCCGCUUCCAGAAUCGCAAUUACAACGGCUUUACUGGGAUCUCCAAGACAUCGCUUGCUCUAUGUCUGAUUGUCAGAUUUCGACUGGUCAGGUUCGUAUAGGAAUUCCUGUGGAAUAUCAUGCUCCUGGGUUAACCAGUGAAACGCUAACAGUGUGGGACCGUGUAGCAGGCUGGCUUGCAGACGAAUUCUCAUGUGUCGUGAAAUCUAUCCGCUUGCCGCAUAAUCCGAUGGCAACAACAGUGUACUCAGUAAUAUGUGCGGCAGAAGUGGCUUCAAACAUGGCCAGGUCGGUUAUAUGGAAUGGUUUGUAG